AUGCGUCAUACCAUUGUGGUGCCUACAUACAGUCAGCUUCAAGCUAUCGAAGACGGCAAGAAGGAGCCAGGAGAACGCGAUAGACGCUUGAGGACCAUCUUGGACGAAGGACAAUGCAUCCGCAACCGGCAUACCAAUCAGCUGAAAAUCGACUGUGACGUCUACAACUACGGCGAAGAAGCUGGUGCUCGUAAGGAGCGACUUCUCUUCGACAAAAGGCACAGCGUCUUCACGGGGGCUCGUGCGGGACACACGGUUGUAGUGGCAAGCUACAGCCAGCUGCAAAACCUAAAGGAUACCGAGAGUGCGCAUGAGCAGCGGCACAAGCUUUUCCUCCGCAUCAUUCUUGACGAAGCUCAAUGUAUCCGUAGAUGCGAUCGGACCCGCCAAGGCAAGAUUCUCAUGUCAUUCGAUGCACAUUUCAAGGCCGUCUUCACAGGAUCUCCUGUGGUAGACACUAUCCUGGACUUCGAUGGCACCGACGAGGUUCGAAAAUCACGGUACGACAAGUUCAAGGAAGGCCUGGCUACCGGUGUCAACAACCGCUCCGAGCCCCUCGAAGAUUGGCACAGCGACUGCAGCUCAGUGGACGAGCCAGAUGCUCAACAGAUCAAAGAGUCAAUCGAAGAAGGGUGGCAGUGCUCCCACUGGCCUGCACUCGUAAGAUACAACGGUGAUCGACCACCAAGCCUGGUUCGCAAUGACAGGAGGAAAAUCGACGGCAAGACUAUCGUGAAGGAUGUUUCACCUCCAGUUCAGGAGAACCCCAACGACAUGUACUAUCCCAGGGUCUUGGAUAGUAACAAGUACUACUCGAUCGCUACUUUCAGGCACUAG